AUGGCGCAUGCGCAGGGCUGCCACUUGCUGCCGCCGCCAUGUUGGCACAGGGCAGGACUGAGGACAAGAGGCCCCGCCCCUCGUGCGGGGCUGGAGGCGGGAACGGCCGAGCCCUCAGAGCCCCGGGAGCGGGAACGGCCGAGCCUUCAGAGCCCCGGGAGCGGGUACGGCUAUGGCCGUGCCCUCAGAGCGAUGGGAACGGGAACGGCCGAGCCCUCAGAGCCCCGGGAGCGGGAACGGCCGAGCCCUCAGAGCCCCGGGAGCGGGUACGGCUAUGGCCGUGCCCUCGGAGCCCCGGGAGCGGGAGGGAUACAGAGACUAUUAAAGGAUGCCUUACAAAAAUUCCUGCCUCCAAAUGCUCACGAGCUGUUGUCUGGAAAGCUGCACAUUGUCCUCACCCGUCUGCAUGACUGGAGAAAUGUGACAGUGUCUGACUUUGCCUCGAAGGAGGAGCUGAUUCAGGCUGUGAUGUGCAGCUGCUAUGUCCCGGUGUAUUUUGGGUUCUCCCCUCCAACAUACCGUGGGGUGCGCUAUGUGGACGGGGAGCUGGCCAUGUGGAGAGCCAACUUCGUGUCCCGCUCCACCAUCACCAUCUCUGCCUUCGCCGGUGAAUAUGAUAUCUGUCCCAGGGAUGGCCCAGCUGCCUUCUUGACCUUCCAGCUCGCUGAUUGUAUCAUGCAGAUCUCAAAAAUGAACUUCUGCCGAUUAAAGAACAUUUUAUUGGUUCCUAAACGCCAGGUCAUGGACCGCUUUCUUAUCGAGGGCUACCAGGAUACGGUCUACUUCCUAAAGAGACUGAGGGAUUUCCAGGUGAAUUACUUUGAGGGCUUCACACUUUCCUUGGCCAAUGAAUCCAUUCAGAAAGGUGAGGAGACCCUGCUCCUGAAGCCACAAAUGAGGGUUCUUCACUCAAGAGCCACCGAUCAUGAGGAUGACACCACAGAGAACUCAGGGAUCAGCCAGCAAAAGAUGAAGUAG